CAAAGUAACCAACUCUUUCAUCCUGUCACACGCUCACAUCCUCCCUCGGAAUUCUUGUUAAACCCGACCCAACCACCAAAUCACCAUCGGAGCUCGUUGGCCCGAUAUCAUCCAAAGAUUCUUGCUUUUUGGACUCAGCUGUGCUGCUAGUCGGCGGUGGAGUUCUUUCCGCCUACUCCCGCCGGCGGAGAAAUCAGUAACUUUUUUUCCCUGUUUCUAUUUACAAAAUCUGGUCUUGUUGGCGCGUAUAUGCACGGAGAAGCUUUCAAUUAUCCUCUUGAAACUUUUAUGGUUCGCCUAAUCUAAACGUCCGAACUCCAUUCUGAUGCUAGACACACUUGGUUUAUGAAGCUUGUCCUAGCUCUAAUAUUGCCCAAUGAAUGCCCCAAUUAUAGAUCCACUGCAGGGGGAUUUUCCAGAGGUGAUAGAAGAGUAUUUGGAGCACGGGGUUAUGAAAUGCAUUGCAUUUAACCGGAGGGGAACUCUUCUUGCUGCUGGAUGCUCUGACGGAAGCUGCAUUAUUUGGGAUUUUGAGACCCGAGGAAUCUCAAAAGAAUUGAGGGAUAAAGACUGUCUUGCUGCCAUCACUAGUGUAUGUUGGUCAAAGUAUGGCCACCGCAUACUUGUAUCAGCCGCUGAUAAAUCAUUAACACUCUGGGAUGUUGUCAAAGGAGAGAAGAUUAUGCGCAUAACCCUUCAACAAACCCCAUUGCAUGCUCGUUUACAUCCCGGUUCCUCAUUUCCAACUUCUUGCUUGGUGUGCCCUUUGUCAUCAGCUCCAAUGAUUGUUGACUUGAACACUGGAAGCACAAAAGUACUUCCCGUUUCAACUCCUGAUGCAGGAGGGAGUGGACUGGCACCACCUUCACGCAAUAAAUUUUCAGACGGAUCUGCUCCUUUCACUCCUACAGCAGCUUGCUUCAACAAGUAUGGAGAUCUGGUUUAUGUUGGAAAUUCAAAAGGGGAAGUACUCAUAAUUGACCAUAAAACCGUCCAAGUGCUUGGCAUUAUUUCCACUCAAGGAGGUGCUGUGGUGAAGAAUAUUGUAUUCAGCAGGAAUGGGCAAUUUCUUUUGACAAACUCUAAUGAUCGUACACUCAGGAUUUAUGAAAAUCUUCUUCCAUUAAAAGAUGGACUGAAAAGCGUGUAUGAUGUAAGUAAUAACUUGAAUGAGCUAGAAGGAGUAGAGAAACUUAAAGCUGUAGGGUCUAAGUUUUUAACCUUAUUUAGAGAGUUUCAAGAUUCCAUCACCAGAGUGCACUGGAAGGCACCAUGUUUUAGUGGUGAUGGUGAGUGGUUGGUUGGUGGUUCUGCUAGCAAAGGAGAGCACAAGAUCUACAUCUGGGAUAGGGUUGGACAUCUUGUUAAAAUACUUGAAGGGCCAAAGGAAGCCUUGAUAGAUUUAGCGUGGCAUCCUGUCCACCCUGUUGUUGUUUCUGUUUCAUUGACGGGAUUGGCCUAUAUUUGGGCCAAGGAUUACACUGAGAAUUGGAGCGCAUUUGCUCCAGAUUUCAAAGAACUCGAGGAGAAUGAAGAGUAUGUAGAAAGGGAAGAUGAAUUUGAUCUGGUGCCUGAAACAGAGAAGGCUAAAGAACCCGAUGUCAAUGAAGAUGAAGAAGUUGACAUUGUGACAGUGGAGAGAGAUACAACAUUCAGUGAUUCUGAUAUAUCGCAGGAUGAAGUUCUCUUCUUGCCAGUCGAUCCAACACCUGAUCAUCUUGAGCAGCAGGACAAGUGUGUCAGUAGUACUUCAAAGCUAGCGGAUAGCAACCAGUCAGGAUCCCCUCACUCCGAAAAGGCUGAGCGGAACGGGCAGACGGCUAACCAUGAAGCCAGUCCAUCUGAAGCAAUGGAUAAUUCUACUGCAGAAGAAACUAGUGCAAAAGGGUUGAGAAGAAAAAGGAAGCCUUCUGAGAAGGUAUUGGAGUUGCAAGCUGAAAAGGUUAAAAAACCUUCUCAGAAGAAAACAUCUGGUAAACGCCAAAACUAGAAGUAAUGAAUAGUUCAAGAGGGAGUUAGUUUUUGAAACUUUUGUGGUGGAAUCCAUAAAUCCAUUGAGUAUUUCUAUUGUAUCAUUACCUGAUCCACUCCUAUGACAAUUUUUAAUUCCCCAAUCUGUUUUGAGGUAGAUUAUGAAUUUAUGACCAGGCAUUAUCACCUUUUUGUCAAUACCUAGUGUCUGCUAUUUUAUACUAUUUUUUUGAAAAUGAAUUUCUUGAUCGGUGCAGUCUUAAUUAUUUAUCUGCUGGCAAGCAAUCUGCAAACAUUGGGCAGACUGACGUGUCUUCGUUCUCUUCUGCCACUCUUUUUGAGUUCAUAUUAUUGGCAGUAUAACUGAUAAUUCAUUGUAGAUCCUCAAAUAUAGAUAUUUCUUAUUGAAUGCAUUAAAUGCUCGGCCCGAAUGUGUAGAGCAGUCAUUAGACAUUUAGAGCCCGUUUGGUAAUACCUAAAUCGGCUGCAUUGGCUGAUCCUGCUGAAAUUAUGAAUUUGACUUAAGUGGUUGGAUUGGCUGAUUCUAUUGAUUUAUGAAAAAAUUAUAUUUUAAAUAUAUUUUAUUAAUUAAAUAAAGGAAAAAAUUCAAAAAAUUAACUAAAAUGAGCCUCUACAGUAACUUCAACCAAUACAGCCAGAAAAGUAACUUCAACCUUACUUUUCCUUAUUAUUACACAAUUCAGCUUGCAAAAUCAAAAGUUAUGUGUUUGUGAAAAGUUGGUUGAUAAGCCGAAAAACAAGGUCACCAAAUGAGCUCUUAAAGUAAAAUGUUUUACCCUGUAUGCUGUUUAUGCUGUUCACCGGACAGGUUAUAGUUUUUUUUUGAAAUCUAAACUACACACAUACAUCCUUUAAUUUACAUCUUAAGCGUCAUGGUUCUUUCUUUCUUCUUCUUAUUAUUUUAAUCCCAUUGGUAUGUUGAACUUUGCAGGAUCUAUCUUUACUUACCAAACAUCGAAAAAGCUUUUUCAUGAAAAAUAUAUCCCUUUUUUCAUCUUUAAGUGAAGAAAACAUGGAGUUAGAAAAAAUGUUAAUGUUCAUAACAAGGCGUUUGUGAUCAUGGUAGUGGAAUCUUGACAAACACAAUGUUCUCAUGAUACUUUUUUUUAAUCCUAGACUCUCAAGAAUCCAGCUCAAACCCUGGAGAUAAGUAAAUUUGAGUCUCGAACAAUCCGCUAUGUUCCCAACUAUCAUUUAUAUACCACCGUGCACAAGAAAUUGCUCUUAAGUAAUUGAUUUCGCUUGUCCUCAUGUUACUAGUACAGUUCCGGGGAAAACCGCUACUGAUUGGUCAAACACUGUCAGAUUCCCAACAAGAAGCCAACUCCCACGCUGCCGCUUGAGGAGAGACAAAUUUCUAAUUGCGCGAUUACUCAAGCUAGCCCAUGGGGGCAAGAGGAUCGUCAUUUGAGAAAACCCUCCCAAAGUCACUUCCUUGGUGACUUGAACCCAAGUUCUCCCACAUGAGGAUGAUCUUAAGUGUGGGGUGUGAUCCAUUUGGACCACUUCCACUUGUCAUGUGCUUAUGAUACUAUUAUUGAGUACUUUGGGGUAUCAAGUACAUCUACCCCAUUGAAGCAAGUACAGAAGUCUAUACUGAAGGAAGUGAGUCCCUGGAAUUAAUCUAAGUACCCGUCACAUGCUCCAAUGCUGAGUUUAGCUUACACGAUCACUUAGCCUUGAACGUUGUGUUCUACAUAGGACAUUUCCAAAAAUAUACUAUCGUAUAUUUUAAUGAUUCUGCUUUAGUAUAUUGAACACUUGAGUUGGAGUUUGGAUACUUCAUACUUGUUAAACUGACAGUCACGGGAAGUAAUCAAUAGUCAUUGCAUUUUUGUUAGACUCUAUAAUUUUUUGCGUCCUUUGUUGCAAGAGGAAAAGAUUGUGGUUCAUGUGCUUGGAAGUGUUCAGAGGUAGUCAAGUAGCAGUUUCCAGUAAAGCCAGUUUCUCGUUUUACAUUCCAUGCUAUUGUUUAUGGUGGGUGAUACAUUCUGCUACACAGGAUUUCAUAUUUGGUCAUCGGCUUGGGCUCCUCUAAUCAAUUGGUGGACAUGGUACACUAUAACGAAUUUCCAUUUGGUAGUCAGUUCUUUCAUGAAGAGUUGGGAUGGUUUCACUUGUACUGAAUUUUUUAGGUUUAAUCUGAACUAGUUUGAACUGUCUUGUCUGUUUAGGUCCGGGUGAUAUGGUGUAUUUUACUAUCUCUCUGUCUCUAUGGUUGAUGUUUGUGCAGAGAAAAAUAAUAUUGACCACAAUUUUGUUUGAGAUGGCCAGUUGAGGAAAGUUGAC